GCUCGCCACGGCCCAUUGUCUCUUGCUGCCGCUGCCGUUCGCUUCUUCAGCAGUCAGCACUCACUCGCACAGGCGGCGGCAGCGGCGGCGGCGUCCCGAAAUCCCCAACUGGCGGCGGCGGAGGUACCACUGGGAAGACCACGUUUCCUCUCCUGAUUGGCAGCGGCGGAGAUCGACGUAGCCCCGGAUUCCACGGCGCUUGCUGCCUGGUAUGCUCUCCUCUCCCACCUCCGACUGCACAAACCUACUCUCCUGCUUCUGCCGGUGUGCUUGGAUUGAUAGAUGUGUUGAUUUCUCACCGCGUUGUUGGAUUCGUCGCACAUCAACCACUCGCGGUGCCGGCUAUGGCGCCGCCUCCGAACCCGCACUCCGCGCCGGACGCAGGGGCCGGCGUCCUGCGCUUGCCCCUCGACGCGAUGUACGAGAUCCUGCUGCGCCUCCCGGCCAGGGACCUCUGCCUCUUCCGCGCCGUCUGCCGGCGGUGGCGCUCCCUCCUCUCCGGCCCUCACUUCAUCACCGCACACGCCGCCCGCCACCCGGGGCCGCUCGUCGUCACCGGCUACGACGCGUCUCGGUACCACUCAGAUUAUCCGAACAGAGGCGUCCUUUGCGACAUCAUGGACCUCUCCGGGCAUGUCCUGAAGCGGGUGGGGAUGACGCAGGAGGGGCAACUGGCAGGGGAGUGGGUGAUGUAUAUCCAACUCGACCUCAUUUGCACGGGGAGAGGGUUCAAAGCGAGCUACGAGUUGCUUAACUCGGCCACUGGAUCUGUAUGUGCCUUGCCUAAAGGAUUGGCGAAAGAGCAUGCUUCGCAUGAGCAACACUAUUACCUGACCUUCAUUGCGUUCAGGAAGGUUGCCUCGACAGGCGAGUACAAGGUGCUUCGUGUACUUGACAACCCAUCUGAUUACGCCCCUUUGCAGCUGUACGAGGUGUUCACACUUGAUGGCAGCAGCAAUUCUCGGUGGAGGGGAAAGAAGGGCCCUUCGGAUAUUGUUCAACUGGACCUCUGGAAGUGUGGUCGUUGGCGGGGUUGUGUACUUCCUCUCAUAUGUGCCUGACUGCGUAACUUCGUUCGAUCUAGAGACAGAAGACUGGAGGCAGGCUCUCCGAGGACCCCUAAGCGGCCUUAUGGAUAAUAACUCCUAUUGGUUUGACUUAUCCAUGGCUACCCUGAGUGGCUGCUUAGUCGUGGUUCAUCGCAAAUGUGCUUCGGUAGACCUGUGGUUCCUUGUGGAUUUUCAAAGGGGCUUAUGGGUCAAGCAACAUAGCAUACCAACCAGUGUCCCACGUGCUAAGUAUCAAGUAGGCCCCUUGUUGGUGUUAGAUGAUGGGAGGAUAGUGCUUAUUUACUUAGGAGAUAAGGGAUUGAUUAGAACUUACAAUCCAAGGACCAACACUUUCACAGGUAUAGCAGAAAUGGGAUGUUGUUUUGCAGUUGGUUUGUACACAGGAAACCUAUUGUGCCUGCCAUCCAGUGCCAGUAAAUGAGGCAGAACAUUUCACUAUGAUAUGCUGCUGUAUCUAGUGCUUUGAUUCAGAUCACUUGGACCCCGAAUCAGUGGAAUCUAUUGUUUCGUCCUGUGAAGAUUCAAGAUUUUCUGGCAUCUUUAGUGUUUGUCUUAGUAGUUGUGCAUUGUCAUGUUAUGAGCUUUGGGAGGUUCAUCUUUUUUUUUAAAACUACAGCUAUAGUUGGCCGUGUCUUCUACGUGCUUUCUUUGCUUGGAAGACCUGAUGUGAAUCCAGUAUCAAGGUGUGGUUCUGACCAAAGUAUCCACUGAUUAGUUUUGUUUCUCUGUGUUCUCAAAUGCCCCUGUCUCUGAUGAGUCAAAUAUUUGAGGCGCCUCAAUGAGCCACAUCUCUGACCUCACUUUAGUGAUGAAAUUUAUUAUCAUCGUGUCU